AUGGUGCGUGAGAGCGGCAUCUCGGCUACCAAGCCCGUCUUCCCCAGCUACCUCCUCCCCAGCUUCAAGUUCGCUUUCCCCGGCCGUCGCCGCCAUUCCGCAUCAUCCACAUCGUCCACAGCAUCGUCCACACAAUCGGAGUCGUCAAGCGUCGUCUCAUCGGCAGUGACCACGCCGGCCGGCUCUCCUCCAGAUGGCCGCGAUUCUGCUGCCUUUGAUGCACCGAAGAAGAGCAAGGCAUCGUCGCCGGGCCGACGGCGGCUCUCUCGGACGGCGGCGGACACGCUGCGCUGUUCAAGCUGUUCGACGGACAUCGCGUUCACGUCGCAGAUUGUUUCCAAGGGAUUCACCGGUCGCUAUGGCCGUGCGUAUCUGAUUUCGCCGGCCACGCCAACCAAAUCGUCGUCGUCGUGGUCGUCGGCGCCCCCAUCGCUGCUGAACAUACGGAUCGGCAAGGACGAGAAUAGGCAGCUCGUCACAGGGUGGCACGUGGUGGCGGACAUUUGCUGCGGGAUAUGCUCGCGCAAGCUGGGGUGGAAGUACGUGGACGCCAAGGAGGAGUCGCAAAAGUACAAGGUGGGCAAGUUUAUCUUGGAGACGGAGCGGGUGGUGACAUAUCGGAGCUGGGAAGAUGUGCCUCUUUCCGAGGAGGGCCGGGAAGUCGCAUGUGGGAUGGAGGCGGACCGGGGAGGGGAAGAUGAUGAUGAAGGAGAAGAAGAAGAAGGGGGCGAGAGGGAAGAGGAGGUUGAGUUUGAUUCUUCGGAUGAGGAGGAGUGCGAGGCUGUUUUUGCUGGGGUUUGGGAUGCGGAAACGGCUGCUAGGCGGAGGAUUCGCUUGGGCAAGUGA